UGAAUAUGAAUAUAUGCACAAAUUACAGAACAGAUCCUCAAAGUAAAAAACAAGUCGCAUCUGUGAGUUAGUCGCUGGUGGGUUCUCGUCCUCAUGCUCCAUACGCCUUUAUAAACCUCCCAUUUGCCUUGUUCUUCCAAUACCCAUCUCCAUUUUUCCCGGUUCUCAAUACCCAUUUCAUAAAUUUCCCACAUUUGAACACAAGCUUUCAUCAAUAUCUGCCCACGAUGACGGCUUCAAAAGAUGAAAUUUCAGUUGACAGCAAAAGCUCUCUUGCCGCACUUGCACCUGCGGAAGCAGUUCUAUUCGACGUAGAUGGAACAUUGUGUGAUUCGGAUCCGCUUCAUUACUAUGCCUUCCGUGAAAUGCUUCAGGAGAUUGGUUACAAUGGUGGGGUUCCAAUUGAUGAGGAGUUUUUCAUUAAAAAUGUUGCCGGCAAACAUAAUGAUGAUAUUGCCCGAGCAUUGUUCCCUGAUGAUUUCGAAAGAGGUUUGAAAUUUUGCGAUGAGAAGGAGGCUAUGUUUAGGAGAUUGGUCACCGAACAAUUAAAGCCAGUGAAUGGCUUGUAUAAAGUGACGAAAUGGAUAGAAGACCGUGGAUUGAAACGUGCUGCAGUUACAAAUGCCCCUCGGCCGAAUGCUGAGCUUAUGAUCUCAAUACUUGGUCUUAAGGAUUUUUUUGAGGCUAUCAUCAUAGGAGGUGAAUGUAAACAUGCCAAACCACAUCCAGAACCAUAUCUAAAGGCUUUGGAAGUACUCAAAGUGUCAAAGGAACACACUUUCAUUUUUGAGGAUUCUGUAUCAGGGAUCAAAGCUGGAGUGGCAGCCGAGAUGCCUGUCGUCGGUAUAGCAACGAGAAAUCCCGAGCAAUUGUUGAUGCAAGCAAAGCCUACCCUUGUCGUAAAGGACUACGAUGAUCCGAAAUUGUGGGCAGCUUUGGACGAACUCGAUAAGAGAGGAGGUACCGUUAAGAAUGCAUGAUCAUCGAUGCAUCAUAUUGAUGAAUUAUUCUAUCAAUUCAUUGCUACUCUCUAUCUAAUACUUUGAAUAACUUAGCUGUAGAAAUAAACCUGUCAUUCUUCAGCCUUGGCUCUUAAUACCAAUCCUAAUACAAUCAAAAUAAGAUGGUUAAUAGAUUAGGGAAAGUCAUUGGAAGGCCUAUCGAACAUAUACAAGAUUGCCACUAUCAAUUUUAUUUUCUUCCAGUGAUAUAUUACUUGUUGCUUUC